AUGCGACGGAAGAACUCCUUCAUGUACUACGUUGACGUCUUGGACAGCUGCAUCGCAUACAAGGACGAAUGCAUUUACGAUAAGCCACCCUCAUUGGCAUAUGUGCGCGCUCUCGAGGAGGAGGUACACCAACUGCAGAAUCAGCUAAAAUCCCUUAAGACACAAGCAUGGGUAAACAAGUCGCCUCAGCUGGAGGAGAAGAAAGUUCUUCCUGCCGGCUCUCCCAUCACUAGUGCUAGCUCUUCACGACAGACUGAAUAUGGGCUUGACAGCAUUCUUCCAUAUAGGUCUCCUCCGUCACGAACAACCAAAUGGGAAGCCGACAUUAGUGUAGACGAUAGAGGCUCGAUAUCAUUCCAUGGCUCAACUUCAGCAGUGCAUGAACCUCCAAAUUUGGAGCAAGCAGCGCAAAUAACUUCGCAGCAGCUGAUGAGCCCGAGGUCUCAACAGGAAGAAGAGCAAACUAAGCAUGAUUUACGACAAAAUGCGCAAAAUCAACGACAGCUCGAGGACUUCGCUAUUGCGAAUACAGCAUCGCGUGUCAACUUACCAAAGGACGUUUCCGAGGAAUUGUUGAAGUUUCAUUGGUGCUGGAUUCAUCCGCUCUUCGCCUUUGUGUACCGUCCAGCCUUCACCCGCGGUAUGACCUUGGUGAACGCAAGUCAGCCAGGCUUGCCAGAUCCGCCUUAUUUCUCUGAGACUCUGCUCAAGGUUAUGACAUCUCACUGUGCCCGCUUUCUGAAUCAUGACAUCUACCAGCACCAUUUCAACAUGAAAUUUACACCCUCUCAAUUUGUUGAACAGACCACGCAGGAUGCAAGACAAUCUGCAAGGGAAAUCGUUUUUGGCAGGUCGUCUCAAGGUUGGUUGUAUGGAGGAAUGGCUUUCAGGAUGGCCUUGGAUAUGGGCAUUCACCUGCCUAGCGAUAAGUUACAGACUUUCGUGAAGAGCCUCUCCAACGAAGAUAUCGAGAUAAGAAAGCGUUUAUUUUGGAGUUGCUAUACAUGGGACAAAGUGUUGAGCCUGUAUCUUGGUCGAAUGCCAGCAUUUACACCACUUAUCGAUGAGGUCCCGCUGUCGUUCCUUGACGACUUCACUGAUACAGAUCCUUGGUCACCAUACUACGGGGAAGCUCCAGGUAUUCAUGCUAAGGGCCUGCCACCUUAUCCACCGACACCAGGCUAUAUUGUAUCAUGCUUCCAGCAGCUAAGCAAAUUAUGCGUAAUAAUUGACGACUUGAUGCAAAACAUAUAUUCAGCUGAAGCAGCUGCGAAGCGUACUGAAGACUUGCAACCCGCGCAGAGGACAGCAAGAAGCGAAGAGCCCUUCAUGCGUGUCUCUAGAUCCCUACACGACUGGUGGGCGGCACUUCCCAUUCAUCUCAAAGUCGACAUCAACCAUAUACCGAAGCUAGCACCUCCGACACACAUCAUGUCACUCAACUUGCUCUAUCACACCAUCGUCAUCCUCCUCCAUCGCCCAAUCCUCCUCGCCAGCGACAGCCCCAAUUCCGAAAACACUUCACGAUCCUACACCAGCUGUCUCUACGCCACCGCCGCGAUCCACGACCUCCUCCUCCUUCAAGCCAACACCUUUGGCCUCGAACAAAUAACCUACCUCAACGCCUACUGCGCCUACAUGGCCGCCACAAUCUCUGUCCUGCGCUUCGAGCGCGAACUCCAACCCCACGAAGACCACAACCUCACAGCCAAGCGCAUCGGCCUCGACUACCUUCUCGACGUAAUCACCCAGAGCUCCACAAGAAUGCCCGGCCUCGAACGUAGCAACGCCAUCAUCCGCAAACGCAUGCAAGGCGUAGUCGACGCCCACCUACGCGCCCACUCACAUCUCAGCCCGAAUAGCAUCGAGCAGCAAGCCAGCGCCCUCGGCCCUCCUACAAGCCAAAUCGCCCUAGCUGAAGCCACCGCCUUCCAACAAAUGUCCAACCCUGGCAUCGGCCACAUCUUCGACCCCAACAAUCAACAACUCACGCCACAAACCUCGCCCUCUGACCCCUCAACCGUCAACAGCAUACCCUCAAUAUCAACGCCCGUCUCCACUAUGCAACAACAAUAUACCGUCACCACCACUCUCCUUCCAGAUCUCCAAGGUCAAAUGCCCUUGCCUGCAUUCGUCGACGAUUUCCUACCCGCGUUCCCAGGUCAGCAGUUCCCUGUUGGAUCGGAAUAUUAUUUUGGAAAUGAUGGGUUUGAUACGCAGUCAAAGAUGCAUCUUAUGGGGCAUAACCUUGAUCCGCAUCCGAAAAUUGAUCCGGGUGCGAUCGAUUGGCAGUCAAUUGGGAAGAUUGAGGUGGCGCACGAUGGGCAGGCUUAUUCGAUUGAGGAAAUGGGGAGGCCACCGUGA